UGUGCGUCGCAGGCUGUAAACCACACCGGGUCGUUAAUUAAUUAAUGGCCGUCGGGCAGCGGGUUGAUCGCCACACUCGCCAUCUCGUCUGUGAGGAAGAACAGAUAGAGGAGGAGGAGGUGGAGAAGGUGGAGGAGGAGGACAGGACGGAAAGAGGAGAGGAAAAAGAAGAAAAGACGAGGAUAAAGGAAAGGAGAAAAGGAAGGCACUUUCACCCUGUCGGACUAUCAAUCAACCUGCUGCUGCAGAGAGAGAGGGAGAGAGAGGGAUAGAGAGGGGGAAGAGAGAGAGAGAAUGGCGAUGGACUGGUCUACACAUCCUCCUCCGGCACUGGUUCCGGCUGUGGUGAGCGCUGGAGCGGUUCUGGUUUCCCAUUACGUCUUCAAUGCUGCUGCCCAAAUCCCUGAUCCAGCGCUCUUACCCACAGACCCUCCCCAGAAGCCGGACCCCAUCACCUCAGAAACAGUGGUGUUUUGGGGACUUCGUCUUUGGCAGGUUGUGGGGAUUUUCUCCAUGUUUGUUCUCGCCAUCAUCAUCACACUGUGCUGCAUCUUUAAAUGUCGAGUUCCUCGAACCAAGAAGGAGAUCGAAGCUCGUCACGCUCAGAGACUGGCGGCGAAAAACUACGCUAACACACUGGAGACUGUACCUCCACUCAAUGAGCUCACUGAGAUACCAGGAGUGAUUCGUACCGUAUCUGAGCAUGUGCAGACACGUGACACUAAUCAACUUCCUGCUGUCAAUGAGGAAGAAGAACCAACCAAUCAGAGUGCUCAGAACUAGACAGGCUUAAACCCUAUCCUUGAUGCCUGUCUGUCUAUACUGUGUCUGUCUAUCUUUCUUUCUUUCUUCUGUCUGUCUGUCUGUC